AUGAAUCAGCAAACCCUCAGAGAAAUGAUAGAGAUAACCCAACAAACAAUGGAUUUUCCUGGAUCCAAAUGGUUCACUAGAAUGCCAAUAGUUGGUGUUGAAGUUGAUGCUGAUUAUUAUACAAUUAUUACACAGCCAAUGUGCUUUAAUGCAAUAAUAGAAAAGAUUAGAAAUGGAUCAUAUACUUCUAUUAAAGAAUGGGUGAGAGAUGUAGAAUUGAUUGCCAAAAAUUGCGCUAAAUAUAAUGGAGAUUAUGAUUUUCUCACCUAUUUAAUAAUAUAUCUAGUGAAGAGAUUCAAAAAACUCGCCAGAAAAUUGAUAAUUACAACACCAGAAGGAUUUUGUGAGGAAACUGCAAGAUUAAGAUCAAAAAUCGGACAAUUAAUGGAUGAAUCUCCUUCUCAGUUUAAGCUUGGAUCUCCAUCAACAUCUAAAAUUAAUGUAAAGCAACUACCUUCAGAAAAAGAGCUAGUUUCGUUGCAAUGCGCAAUGGAUCUACUUUCUGAUAAAGUUGAUAAGGAAUCGGUCAAGAACCUUAUUAUGCAGAUGCAGCCAGACCUUUUUAAGAAUAAUUCCAAUAAAAUCGAAUUAAUUGAGUUAUUACCCGAAACUGUUAAAGAGCUGAGAAAUCUUUUAACUACAUUUCUACGAAAACAAGGUCUAGCUUAUCCAAAUUAA